GCAGGAAGUAUUUUUACAGGAAUUAAAACACAGCACUCUUUGACAGAACUAGCUCUAUUUAUUUGACUGUUUUGUUCAACAAAGGGCAAAGUACAUGACACAGGACCUUUCAGAUCAGUUACUGGAGGAGAUGAGGACAUCCUUUAGUUCAUAGUCUUAUAGUAGCUGCCUGCUACCAAACAAGGGUGAGUCUUUAAAAGUGAAAGUUAACUGAUUCCUUACAUUGGGGCAUUACGAGUGUGACUGAGAAAAUGGCCUCCAGACUGUCUCUUCCAGAAGAGGAUCUCUCCUGUCCUGUGUGCUUAAACAUAUUCAGUGAUCCUGUCCUCCUAUCAUGUAGCCACAGCUUCUGUAAAGCCUGUCUGCAGAAGUGCUGGAGACUGAGAGGAUUUCAGGAAUGUCCCGUUUGUAGGGAAGUAUUUUCAAUGUGUAAUCCACCCUGUAACCGGGCUCUAAAGAACCUGUGUGAGGCUGUCUUAAAGGAAAGGAAUCAGAGCGUUUCAGGAGGGUCUGAGGUGCUCUGCAGUCUGCACGGUGAGAAACUCAAGCUCUUCUGUAUGGAGGAUCAAGAGCCCAUCUGUGUGGUUUGUCGUGAUUCAAGGAAACAUAAAAAUCAUGACUGCAUCCCCAUACAGGAAGCUGUACAGGAACAUAAGGUAGGAUUUUUUUUUGUAUUCAGAGAAGGUUGUGUGUGGGGGGGGGGGGGGGGGGGAUUAUUAGGAACAUUUAGCAGUAGUUUGUGGUGCUCUACAAUAGUUGGUGCUAAAAUAGGGCCUGUGAAAUCUGUUAAUUUUUUACUCUUAACCAAAUGUCUUUCCUACACAGCAAUUUCACAUAGAGUAACAAGUUUGUGAAUACCAUGUUGUUUCAUUUCAGGUGAAACUCAAGACUGUAUUGAACCCCCUAAAAGAUAAACUGAGGCUCCUUAAUGAAGUCAAACUCACCUGUGAUAAAACAGCAAAACAUAUCAAGGUAUGAAAUUUAAGUAUUGAUGCAACAACAUUGUACACAUUUUGGCUAGUUUGUGUUUGUUGUCAACUCGGUUCUAAUCGAAGGGAAGAUCAUCAUCAUACCGUAACGGAAGACUGAGGUGAAGCAAUUUUGAUUGGAUGCCAUCAGGGAUGGGGGGGAUACAGUACUGUAUGUCUUAGAUAUCCCUCUCACUGUCUCCAGAUCCAAGCCCAGCACACAGAGAGCCAGAUUAAGGAGCAGUUUAAAAAUCUGUACCAGUUUCUGCGAGAGGAAGAGGCGACCAGGAUAGAUGCAGUGAGAAUGGAAGAGGUGCGGAAGAGUCAGAUGAUGAAGAACAAGAUAACAGAGAUGAGCAGAAAAAUAUCAUCACUUUCAGACACAAUCAAAGCCAUCAAACAACAGCUGAGAGUUGAAGACAUCUCAUUCUUGCAGGUAAACCUUUGAUCUUAUGAGUAGAUAUUGUGAGUAUUGUAGCGAUCCUUCCUAUAUGAGCCACUUUACAAUUCCCACCAAGUGGGUUAACCCUAUUGAUGCAAUGUGUUGGGUGGUUUGCCUUUCAUGUCAGUGACCUGGGUUCACUUCUCUGCGCCCCCAUUCGCUACAUUGGUGUCCGAAGUGGGAAUGGCGGCCAUCGGAAUGCACCGGAAUGCACAGCCCAGAAUGUGUGAGGGGUCUAAGUAGUCGAAGCCCGUUCCUUCCCGUUCGGAGGGGACAAUAUAGCGAUCCUCGCUAUAUUAGCCACUUUACAAUUCCUACCAAGUAGAUUAACCCUAUUGGUGCGAUGCGUAGGUGCCUUUCACGCCGGUGACCCGAGUUUGCUUCCCUGCCCUGCCGUUCUCUACAGUAUUAUUUACUGUUUAUUUUAUUGAUAACACUGAUUUGCAUCUCACCUGCUUUCUUGUUCCUCUUCAGAACUACAAGGCCUCUGUGAAAAGGUAAGUCAUCUUCAUCCUGUAUCUCUUCUGUGGUUCAGAACCCAUCAUCAAAGCAGUAUUGAACACUAAUCAUUCUUCCAGAGCCCAGCACCCACUGCCGGAUGCACAGAGGGUUUCAGGAGCGCUGAUAGACGUGGCCAAACACCUGGGCAACCUGCAGUUCAGAGUCUGGGUGAAGAUGCAAGGGAUUGUUCAUUACAGUGAGUGUUUUACAGCAAAAAACAACAACAACAACAGUAGGUUUAGUCUGCGCCUUGUUCUUAGUCCUAGAAAGUGUGGUCCUCUGUAGCUCAGCUGGUAGAGCACGGCGCUUGUAACGCCAGGGUGGUGGGUUCGAUCCCCGGGACCGCCCAUACACAAAAAUGUAUGCACGCAUGACUGUAAGUCGCUUUGGAUAAAAGCGUCUGCUAAAUGGCAUAUUAUUAUUAUUAACAGUAUCAGUCAAAGGAGUUUGAAAGGGAAAUUCAGAUGAAAUCCAGUAGUGACCCCCAUACUGUUCUGAAUUUUCAAAAUACGGUUAUUCUCUCUAUUGCAACACAAUGCUCAUGUUAGUAUCAAUUAAACUUGUGUUAGUAUCAAUUAAACUUGUGGGUAAUUUACAGUGUAAAUUGUCAAUUUAAAUUAUCUCUCAUUAGCUCCUGUAAUCCUGGACCCCAACACUGUAGGCACAAGACUCAUUCUGUCCGAGGACUUGACCAGCAUAGGGCAUGCUGAUAGAGCACUACAGCUUCCUGACAACCCAGAGAGGAUUGAUGGAUGUGUCCUAGGCUCUGAGGGUUUUAACUCAGGAACACACAGCUGGGAUAUUGAGAAUUUGGAUGGUGACUUUUGGGCUGGAGGUGUGGCUGCAGGUGUGGCCACUAAGCAUGACAACAGGCCUAUUUAUUCUAACGAUAUGCCAGAUGAAUUCUGGGGUGUUAUGACUACUUGUGGUGUAUACCUAGCAUUAUCCCAAAAGCAAAAUCUCCAUCACCUCACAGUAGAUCACUUUCCCCAAAAGAUGAGAGUGCAUCUGGACCUGGUCAAGGGAAAGCUGUCAUUCUUUGACCUUGAUAAAAACACACACAUACACACAAUCACACACACUUUCACAAAGACAGUCUUCCCUAUAUUUCGUCAUGAUAAAACUUUGAGGAUCUUACCAGUGAAAACCACUGUGACAGUGGGACAAUACAGUUAAAUACAGCACAAAUUGAUGUAAUAGUUUAACUGCCACAACACUGUUUGCUAGCACUCUACUCAUAGUCCUGUCCUGAGUUAGUAAUUCACUGUGAGUGUUGGAGAGGUGGGCAUUGGUCUUGUCUCCACUAUCUUAGAGAGACACUCAGCUCUAAAACAAUUAUUCAAUGGAUUCUGACCCUGGUCUUAUCAACAGGUGAAGCAAUCAAAUUGCUCAUGUAUCACAUAACAAAAUUUUUUGUUUAGCCUAAUGUUGUAUUACUAGAUUGAUUGUUUUUUAUUUCUUUGUUUUCUGUUAUUGAUUGUUCCAGUAAAAAAAAAGCAUUUUGAUUGCUGUGGAUAGUUUUCAAAUGUCAGAUAUAUAGUGCUGUGUGUAUAGCAUAAUAAAAUCUGU